GAAGAAGUGCUUCACUGGCGCUCCAUUCUUGCCAUUUUGAGUCCAGAGUGAAGCACUUUUACAGCCCAGGGAUAAAAGCUGUGCAUCACGAGCACUGAGGCCAAAGAUCAGACACAACUGCUGCAUCAGUAUGGAGGACAGCAGUGGUGUUGCUGUCCUUGUGCCUCAUUCUAGGGUUCAGCAGGAUGCUGUCUUCAUCCCUGACCCACAUCUCCAUGAUGGCGAGGACCAGCACAGGCAGCAGCAAAAGCGCGCUGCUGACUCCCUCAUCCAGGUCAUCGAGAAGCUCAGCAAAAUUGUGGAGAAGCAGCCCCGGCGAUGCACAGUCUCUGGGAAAAAGCGGCCCUUGAUGACCUUUGCUUCUGGACCUGUUCCAGACAGCAGGGGUGGGACUGGUGGGCCUACACCUUGUAAGAGACCCAGAGAGCAGAGGGAGGAAUGCCCAGCAUAUAGCUGCACAUCUUGUAAUGCGUACGAACAAGAGCCUUCAAGUCUAAGCACUCGGACUGCUACUGGCUACCAGUGCAAUAUGUGCCGAUUUAUCUCACCCACAUUGGAGAUGUUAAAAGAGCAUUUGCUGCAUCACGACAAGCAUCACAGCGACCUCAUCCUCACGUGCUCAGAGUGUCAGUUUACCUCCGACCACCAAGAGGAACUAGUGGCACAUGUAAGACUCCACCUGGAGGAAGGGGACCAUGCCAAGAUCUUCACUGAGGAGCUAAGGACAGCAUCAGCAAGGAGCGUUCAGCACAGGAUGACUAAGAACUUUGAAUCAGAGGAGAACUCUAUAAUGAAAAAGUGGUACAGCUUUGAGCAAGGUAGGUAUCAUUGUCUCAUCUGCAACUAUGAAUGCAGACAACAGCGCAAUCUGAAGACCCACGCAUGGAAACAUGCUGGCCUCGUUGACUGUUCGUACCCUAUAUUUGAAGAUGAGGUGGACUGUCCUGAUAGCUUCAGCCCUCCUUUGGUUCAAGCAGGAAAGGAGGUUACUAUUGUAGUCCUUGUGGCUGUAGGAGGAAAAUCUCAAAUGAUGCAUGGCUCAUCUAACCUUAAGCUAGAGCUGUGUGCCUCACCAGAAGUGAACUGUCAUGGGGAGACUGUCGCUGUGAAAACGAUGGAGACCAAAAUCCCUGUCCUGAACCACAUUUUGUCUAUUAAAGACUCUGAGGAGCCUUUAGUGGAGAUCCCGGUGACACCAGAAGCACAGAUGGAACUGGAGUUGGAGACGGAGAGCCAGCAGGCAAGCUCUGACAGCCUCCUGUUCUCUGCGCAGAAGAUCAUCAGCUCCGACGUCAACAGUGACGGCCAUGUCAACGUCAUUGUAGAACGCCUCCCCUGUGCCUUAGAACAAGCCUUGUCAAGCAAGCCUUUGCUCCUCAGUCCAGAGGUGGCAGGAGACAAGACCCUCCUUGCCUCUGAGGAGCCAGAGUUAGAGAGCCAACACCACCACAUAUACUUCAAGCAAGAGAAGGAGGUCGUGAUUCGUUGGAAUGGAGGUGAUCGACAACUGGAGAAGGAGAUGGUGCCUUCAGGUUCUCCACCAGAUGAAAAUGUUCCACCAGUUCGGAGGAGGACUUAUUCAGAGUCUCUUCGGCUGCAUUCUUUGGCCGCCGAGGCACUGGUGGCCAUGCCCAUGAGAGCCCCUGAGCUUAGCAAAACUGUUGUUAAAGGCAUCCAUGGCCUGAGUGUGCAAAACCCUGAUAUAGGCCAGAGAAUUAUAGAGAUCGGUAACACUUCUGCCAAUCCUAAGGCAUCCUCUGGGGAGCUUACUGGUGCAAUUGGAACUCCAGCUGCUCUUCUUAACUUCGGCCUUCAGAGUCCAAGAAGUUCGAGAGAUGUGCUUGUUGAGGGACCCUCCAAAGCUGGCAUCAGUAUGUCUCUUUUGACUGUCAUCGAGCGACUGCAAGAGCGCUCAGACAAAAACACUUCGGAUGAGGACAUUCUAAAGGAGUUGCAGGACAUCACCCAAAGUCAACAUGGAAGUGGAGUCCCCAGGGGUGUUGCUGGGUCUGGGGUUGUUUCUACUACGGAGGGUCUGGUUGAAUAUAUUGCUGGGAGUGAGAGGCCCUACCGCUGUCGACUGUGCCUUUACAGCAGUGGGAACAAGGGCUACAUCAAGCAGCACCUCCGUGUACAUAGACAACCUUACCAGUGCCCCAUCUGUGAGCACAUAGCCUGUGACAGCAGAGACCUGGAGUGUCAUAUGAUCCACCACUGCAAGGCCCGCAUGUACAGCUGCAAACAGUGCAACGAGAGUUUCCACAACAAGAGUCAGCUGAGGAACCAUGAGAGAGACCAGCAUGGGAUAGAUGACAUCAGCGGCACACUGACCCAUGUUGCUGAAGGCACUGUAGCUGUGGAGGAAUCGGGAAGGAUGACUGAUGAGGAUCCUGUCAGUGAGCAGAGUGUUUUCAAAUGUGAUGUAUGUGACUACACCAGUUCCACAUAUGUUGGGGUGCGCAACCAUCGUCGAAUCCACAACUCUGAUAAGCCAUACAGAUUUGAAAAGUGCUGCAGCUGUGACUUUGCCACGACUAAUAUGAAUAGCCUGAAGUGCCACAUGAAGAGACAUCCACAGGAACACCAAGCCAUGCAGCUGCUGGAGCAGUACAGGUGCUCCCUAUGUGGAUAUGUGUGCAGCCACCCACCAUCUCUCAAAUCCCACAUGUGGAAACAUGCUGGAGAUCAGAAUUACAACUACGAGCAAGUGAACAAAGCCAUCAAUGAGGCCAUUUCACAGAGCAGCCGAUCGCCUACUAUGUCUCUGAAGUCAACACCUGAGACUGGAGUUGAAUGUCCCUAUAUUGUCUUAAGCAGAAAAGACCAACAGUCAUCUGAGGUGAGUUCUGCUACAGGGGCCACUGGCAGAGCUUCAUCAGAGGGCAGCCCUGUGAGCUUAUCCUCCAGCAGGGAGCAGGCCAGUGGGGCCAUGGCAUGUCAGGGCAGCUCUGGGCAGGCACAGGCAGGUAUGGAAUACUGUGUGCUGCUCUUUUGCUGCUGUAUUUGUGGCUUUGAGUCCACCAGUAAAGAGCAGCUGAUGGAGCACAUGAAGCACCAUGAUGGAGACUUGAUUAGCAUCAUACUUGGCAAGGAGCAACAGGGAAAUCAGCCAGCAGAGACCAGCAGCAGCAGCCAGUGAUGCACGCAUUUUUAUACAUACUGGUCUUGUAUUUAGUUUCUGCUUGGACAAGCAACAUGCACCUUCUUUUUGUUUUUUUCCUCUCGCUCUAUCUCCGUACUGAUGUCACAGUUAAUUUCCGUUACUUUUGUCAAACAUGGAUAUGUGAUUUCAGAGAGGUGCAUGUUAAGUGGAUUUCAGAUUUUUGCAUAGAAAAAGACAUUUUCAGUGUGAUUUUUGUGAUUUUCAAAGGCAUUUUAUACCUCAUCCAUUUAGAAUAAGCACCAUUGAGUCCACACAUUAUGAAACAAGGCAGCUUCUCUUAUUCACUGUAUAAUUGUACUAAUUUAUAUCUAUAUUACUUGGGUGUUUACCUUUAAGUUGGCACUUGCCAUGUUGUUUGAGCGUAGAGAGGCAAAUUUCCUUCUUGCCCUCUGUGUGUCCAUGUUUGCAUUGAUAUUUAUCAAACGUAUUUAUUUUUGUGCAUGUUCCCCUCCGUUAUGUUCAAACAAUUUAUAUAAUUUGUUUCGAAUAUUGUCUUUAUUUUGGUGCUUUUAGUCUUGCACUCAGAAAUGAGUGGAAGAGAAGUCAUCAUUGGGAAUGUCUUUGAAAAUUGUAUAUAAACAGUACACUAUAAAUUUAACAAGUGUAAAUCGGUCCAGUAAAAAGAACUAAAUAUGUGAAAAAUGCAUCAGAAGUAUAUAUACAGUACAUUUAGAAAGUAUUCAGACCCCUUCAUUUUUUUUCACAUUUUAUGUUGCAGCCUUAUGCUAAAAUGCCUGUACAGGACUUAAAGGAUCUGCUGCUAACGUCUUGGUGCCAGAUAACACAGGACACCUUCGGAGGUCUUGUGGAGUACAUGCCUUGAUGGGUCAGAGCUGUUUUGGCGGUACGAGGGUGACCUACAUGAUAUUAGGCAGGUGGUUUUAAUGUUGUGGCUGAUCGGUGUGUGUAUGUAUAUAUACAGAGAUGAGCUGGUUUGAGUGUUUCUGUAAUGGCUGAUCUCCUGGAUUUACACAUGAAUGCCAGGACCCAAGGUUUCCCAGUAGAAUUAUUGCCCAGAGUAUCACACUGCCUCUGCCGGCCUGCCUUCUUGCCAUGGUGCAUCCUGCUGCCAUCACUUCCCCAGGUAAAUGACGCACCCGGCCGUCCACAUGAUCUAAAAGAAAACGUGAUUCAUCAGACCAGGCCACCUUCUUCAAUUGCUCCAUGGUCCAGUUCUGACACUCACAUGCCCAUUGUAGGCGCUUUUGGCGGUGGACAGGGGUCAGCAUGGGCACUCUGACUGGUCUGUGGCUACGCACCCCCAUACGCAGCAAGCUACGAUGCACUUUGUGUUCUGACACCUUUCUAUCAUGGCCAGCAGUACGUUUUUCAGCAAUUUGUGCUACAGUAGCUCUUCUGUGAGAUCGGACCAGACGGGCUAGCCUUCACUCCCCAUGCGAAACGUUACUAACCACUGCAUACUGGGAACACCCCACAAGACCUGCCGUUUUGGAGAUGCACUGACCCAGUUGGCUAGCCAUCACAAUUUGGCCCUUGUCAAAGUUGCUCAGAUCCUUACGCUUGCCCAUUUUUCCUGCUUCCAACACAUGAAAUUCAAGAACUGACUGUUCACUUGCUGCCUAAUAUAUCCCACCCCUUCAUAGGUUCCAUUGUAACGAGAUAAAUGUUAUUCACUUCACCUGUCAGUGGUUUUAAAUGAUCAGUGUAUGUGAUCAGUGGUGUGUGUGUGUGUGUGUAUGUAUGUAUGUAUGUAUGUAUGUAUAUAUAUAUAUAUAUAUAUAUAUAUAUAUAUAUAUAUAUAUAUAUAUAUAUAUAUAUACACAUAUCACACACACAAAGGUCAUGUAUUUGCAGUAGGGCACACAUGACUGAUGUACAUUUAUUUUUUUACAGCUAGUGCUGUAUUGGUAGGAAAGCUUUUACAAUUCAUAACUGGGUCAUGGGUUCAAAAACAUCUGUGAUGUAUUUAACCUGAAAAAUAUGAUGUGGUUUUGGCAUUGAUAUUUUGUAUUUUUUGUUUGAUCACUACCUCUCAAAUUAAUGACUGCAAUUUGUUUUCAACCUUGGCUUUAACUUUAGCCUCCCUCAAUUUGGAUUUUAUAUACAUCAUAUUUACCAAGGGAUGAUUUGCAUGCACUUAAUGUUUGUAUGUCAACAGUCUAAAAUGCAAACUUGGGAUGAUAAAAGGACAUCCAUAAUUCAUGCAGACUUCUCACUGCCUGGUAUAUCAGAGAAAUUAAAUCUUAGGAAUUAAACUGUUGGAAUUUACAUAACAGAUUAUUAUAUUUUGAGCCUAAUUUACAAUUCAGACUUCAAGUGUCACCAAAAUAGUAACGUGGUCUGCAUAUAAACCUUGCAAUCAAACUGAUGUGAAUACACAAUCAUUGUCAGUUUUGAAAUUGCUUUCUCAUUUCAAUCCAAUGGUUUAAUACAAAAUCAUCCAUUGAUACUUCGUGUCUGAGACCGCAUUUGGUGGUUAUUUGCAUAAUACACACUUGUUACUUUCCAAGUCUUAUUAAAAGUACUGUUCUUUCAGCAAAGAUAAACUGAGCUUUCAGAAGCUUCAUUUUGCAUUUUAGCUACUGCGUUUUAUUUGGUGUUAACUAAGCUGAUGUAGUGCAAAUUAAUCAAGAACCUACCAUUUAGUAUUUUCCUUUUUCUUUCCUGUGUCUAAAAGCAGGAUUUGGCAGUCAUUCUGUUCACAUUAUAUAUGCCAGCAAUCUGAUUUAUUUGGAAAUCAAGUAGUGUUGUUUUUCAGAUUUUUUCCUAGCACAAUGCAAUAUAUCUGGAAUGUAUUUUUUCUAAAGAUAAACAAGAUGUUUAGAGUUAUCAGCACAUUCAUUAGCAGGGUCUAGUGUAAAAAUUGUGUCACUAGACUCGGUAAUCAUACAGUUCUAGUAUUGAGGAUAUGAUCUCAGACACAAGCGUGCCUUCCACUUCAGCAGCCUCAUCUUUCAUGGCUAUUCAGUCAAGUUUAGAAAAAUACUAUUAAUCUUAAACCAAGCAGUGUCCCAGUAAUAAGUGCAUUGGCAUUUUGGAUUAGACCUUAUGUAUAAUGUGCCCUCAAGAAUUGUGUAAUGUAUUCAGACACGUGGUACUGUAAUAUGGUUUUAUUGUAUGUAUACUGUUGAAAACUGACAUUUUUUAAGUUAAAAUUUUUUUUAACUUGUACAAACACUACAGAAAAGAAAAAUAAUCAAGUACAUUAAAAAUUACUUUUCAUUAGCCAAAGUAUCAAAAAAAGUAUUUACUGUAUAUAAGGGAAUGGUUGGCAUUUGAAACUGAAAACAAGCAUAUCAUGUUACAUGCUGCCAUGCCAAAGGAGAGAAGGAACGUCUGGAUUUUACAGACUAAAGUGCCAUUUUCUUUUUGAAUUACAGAGGUAUAAAGGGCCCUGUUUUAAUAUUAGUGUUCUGUUCGCAAUUAUUUAUUUUGUUUUUUGCCAGUGUAUUUUUGGAAAUAAAGGAUGAACAACAGUUAA